GUCGCGUUUCCUGCAUGUUUGGUUAUCGGGGUUUGUCGUCGUUUUAUUGAUUGUUAUUUUGUUCCUCUGUUAUGUGAUAUUUAGUAGAAAUUGUUAUUUUCAUCAGUCGAGGAGUCGGCACGUUUAACAGAUUGCAUCGUAUUUAUUGUCGAGCGCGUUAAAUCUACUGUCGUUUAGUUUUUUGUUUUGUUCACAAUGUUCACAGCACAAAAUACUGUAAAUUUAACGGAAUCAGAAGCCCUGUUGGACAGUAAUCCUGCAGAUUAUGUGGAGAAAAUAUCGCGAUAUUUUGAGUCUUCAACGCAACAGAGGCAUGAUGCCCCAGACAGUGAUUCAGGGAACAGUCUGUUCAUUACACAGACUCCAGUUCCAGAGGCGACAAGAUCCAGAAAAAGCCUGAGAUUACACCGCACGUCUGCCAAUUAUCAAGAAGAAAGCGAUGAUGACGAUUCUAUCUCUGCUAAGCAGACGAAAGGCAGGAAGUGCAAAACGAACCGAUGUCACAUCCACAGAUUAUCAAAAUACCAUUUCCCAUUCCUAAUGGGGACGAGCAGUGUGCAGCUUCCUCUGAGCAGGCGGAAGCUGACAAACAUAACUCGGCAGCAGAAUGCGAGACUCCACUAUUAUUCCAUGGGCAGCUUCUUUAAAUGUGUCCGAGGGCUUCAGCAGAGCCAUAAAACAGGCAAUAACCCGGAGUGGUCUUUACCAACAGUCGACAGAGAUGGUGAAGAGAUCUCGCCGCUGUCCGAAGAAGAAGAAUGGUCGGACAAUGAGGACAUCAGAGUGGUGGAAAAUCAUCAAUUUGUGGUGAAGCCUAAGAGAGCGCACUGGAACGCCGCAAAGAUGAGCAACCAAGAGGCAAAACGUCAGGUCCGGACAGACCUGCAGCAAAAACGGUGGAAGAAUCUGAAGAGGACACGAACAACACCGACCAGCGUCGUUCCGGGGGGGAGGGUCUGGGAUAGAGUGAGCACUGCUGGUGUCAUUUCCCAUCGUAGUGUUAUGGUCCAGACAGAGGAGGCUUCUGAUUGGGUAAAAAAAUAUCAGAGAAUAGUCGGUGAUGAAUCCAAAACACAAACGGCAAAGACACAGCAAACAAUAAACAGCACACAAAGUCAAAAAGACCAGGACUUGUGCAACAACAAUGGAGCCACAUUAUCAACAGCUGAUCUGCAGAGAUGUCCAGAAGACGACGCGUCCUCCAUUAUGACCGAACCUGAAGCUGCUGUUUACCACAAAAACAGUUUGUCCCCAACAGGACAUGCAAAGGACAAAACGCUGAAGAGCCAAAAUCAUUUUCCAGACCUCAUCAGUGAGCUUCGUCCUUUGAGUGAUGAAGCUGUGGUUGAGAAGAAGAAAAAAGGACUUAGUGAAGAUGCUGGAUGGUCUGUGGACAUCACAGAGGAGAACAGAGCGGUGCCUCCAGCCCUGCAGACUGAUGAUGAGCUGCAGUUUAAUGAGAACAGUUGGAUGAAGGAGCCGUCAUCAGACAGCGGUAACGUUCUGAGACAAGACGAGGUGAGCGCCGGAGAUGGUGUCGCUCGUUUAAAAGCAAAGAAAAAGAAACACAAGAAUAAAUCCCCAGGAGAAGACGUUAGACCAGAACAGGAGGACAAUGACUUGGAUCCCAUCACACGAAAGGAGGAAAAUUCUGCUGGCAAGAAGAGGAAGAAGAAGAAGAAAAAGAGAGAAGAUGUGGAUGUUGAGCAGUUGCUCCCAAGCAAAGAUUCCGAACACCUAAAUGAUGAUGCUACAAUAAUUACAAAGAAGAAAAAGAAAAAAAGGAAACGGUCAGUUGAGGCCGUUGAGGAUCGUGAUGAUGUAACGCAAACUUUGACUUUAGAUCCACCACAGAUGUUAGAAGGCUUUGAAGAGGCGGAAAGGUGUUCGCAAAGUACUGCAGUGAGUCAUGAAACAGCAGAAUGCGGUUACGUUAAAAGAAAAAGGUGCAAAAACAAGCAGCAGUCAUCCUCCAAAGAUGACAGUCUGAUUAACAAAGACGGGGAGGAUGACUGUGGAAGAGCAACACAAUCAGUGAAGAAGAAAAAGAAAAAAAAGAGGCGUGUUUUUCCGAUGAUUGGCGAGAUGGAUAAGUCCAACACCCCUGAAAAAGUAGAAAACACUGAAGAAUCCCAGAAAACAACUGAAGACCAAAAUGCUGAAACGAUGAGUAAGACGGAAAAAACGAGGCAGAUAUCUGACAAAAAUACCUCAGAAGAUACAUUUACACAAAGCAGGAAGUCAGAAUCUGUUCGAGAAAAGGUAAAGAAGAGCAUCGGCUCCUUCCGUGUUGAUGCUUCUUCUCAGUCCACUCUGGUCACGAGUGGUGGUGAGUUUGUGGUGCCGUUGGUCGUCACGUCACAGAAGGCCUCGGUGGCACUGGAGAGCAUUUGGAGAGAUCACGCCGUGGCAUUCGAGCAACAAAACCAAACAGACGAGAGCGUUUUUCCUAAAGCAAAGAGAAAAAAGAAAAAGCGGAGAGAUGAACGGGGAUCUGAGUGUUCAGGAAGUGUGCCUGAUCUGGAACACAGUCCAACCAAAGAGGCCGUGGUAUUAAAAAAGAAAAUGACAAAGUGUAAAGAGACUCCACGAGAUGCCGCGCUGGGUUUAGGCAAACUGUCGUUGAGUCCUUGUGACGGCAUUCAGGAAAAAUCAGCCGAGAAAAGCUUUGCAGGAAAUGUGCCGAAUAUGUCUGAGACGAACGUGGCAGGAGAACCUGGAGACGCCACAUCAUCAACGGUGCUCAGAAACCCAACGUUACGUCAUCACCUGGGGAAGAACCCCAAAAUCAAACCUCAUGCAACGAAAAAUAGGAAAUCAUGUGAUGUGUCAAAUGUGGCGCUCAGCAGCCCCGUCCUCGAGAAGAGUUCUUCUUCUGUUUCCUCAGACAAGAUCAAGAAAACAAAGUGCAAAAAGGCCAAAAGGAAACUUUUUAAUUUUUACCAAAAUUAUCUCAGCAACUGACCUCGUCUUUAAGAUGACUUUUAAUACUUCUAAAUAUUUUGCAUCAAAGCUCUUUUUGUACCAAAAGUCAACCUUUUUUCAAUGAAAAUACAAGUUCCAGAAUAUUCCAGUA